CACACAGCUCGCAACUGCUGCAAAGCGCUGAGCACCGCACCGCGAGCACCGCACCGAGCCCCCAACCCCAGCCAUGUCCAAGGUUUCCCCCACUGAGACCGAGCGCUGCAUUGAGUCGCUGCUGGCCGUCUUCCAGAGGUACGCAGGGCGUGAAGGAGACAACCUCAAGCUCUCCAAGAAAGAAUUCCGGACUUUCAUGAACACCGAGCUGGCUUCCUUCACAAAGAAUCAGAAGGACCCCGCUGUUGUGGACAGGAUGAUGAAGCGGCUUGAUAUCAACAGCGAUGGGCAGCUGGACUUCCAGGAGUUCCUGAAUCUCAUAGGAGGCAUUGCAGUGGCCUGCCAUGAUGCACUGCUCGUUCAGCCUCCUCAUCCUUAGUCCCAGCAGCCUCAUCUCACCCUCACUCAACCAAGACCUUUGCAAAUAUGGAAACAAGUCACAACAUCCCCACUCCUUGUUUUUAUGAAUAAAGGUUUAAAAUCCUA